AUGUUAAGAUCCUCUUCCAAAUACACUCCAAGUGAUAGUGAAGUCUAUCGAUUACAAAAACAAAGUAUGAUGAAAUUAACAAUUGGAGUGUUCAUUAUGAGUUUAGGAGCAGUGAUGGAAGUAGUUGGAAUUGUGACUAAUUAUUUGGAAUUACCUAAUUUUGUGGUGUAUCCUUUAGCGAAGGGAGUUCCAUAUGUGACUUUCAUGAUUUGUAUUUCCUUAAUUUUUUGGCCUUACCGUUUACCUAUUUUGAGUCAUCCCAUUCAAUUUGUGACACAAGAGUUGAGAUUUUCACCCAAAUCCAAAGAAUCCACACAAAAGAAGGACCAUGUGGGAUCACAGGUUGAACUAGAGAUGAAAUGA